AUGGCAGAGCUUAUAUCCACAAAAAUCGCCCAACAACCAAGCGAUAAGCCUGCUCUGCGCUUGAAGAUCCUGUUCAACCUCUACAAUCUGUUGGAGAAUCCAUACAGCCGUUUCUUUGUUUACAUGAAGGCCUUGAAUUUGGCAGUCAAUGGAAAGGUCACUGAAAAUAUUGUACCUUCUUUCAAAAAGAUGGAUAGUUUCUUGAGGGAAUGGAAUGUUGGGAUCAAGGACCAGAGAGAACUCUUUCUUACCAUCUCAAAUGUUUUGACGGAAAAUAAAAGCUCGGCAAAGGAUUCUUUCAAAUUUCUGACCAAGUAUCUGGCAACUUUUUCUGGUGAAGAUGCACAUACAAUGGGCGAAGCGAAGGAAGAAGCUGUACGCACUAUUAUUGAAUUUGUUAAGGCACCUGACAUGUUUCAGUGUUAUGCCUGGCAUGGAUCCAUUAAUAACCUUCCCAUUGGUAUUUGUCCUUACACUGAGGCUGGUGGCAUUACUUCUGAGCUUUUCCGUACGUCUUCAACUGAUUGA